AUGGAUUGGGUUAGUGCAAUAGUUGGGUUGCUAGCACUUGUUUAUGUGCUGCAAGCAUGGACCAAAAGCAACAACAAAAAGAAGAGACUGCCUCCCGGUCCCAGAGGGCUUCCGCUUUUCGGAAAUCUGCACAUGUUAGGGGAGUUCCCUCACCGGGAUCUGCAUCGACUAGCCCAAAAGCACGGCGACAUCAUGUACCUGUGCUUGGGGCUUGCUCCUGUCAUUAUUGCCUCAUCCCCUCAGGCUGCUGAGCUGUUUCUCAAAACACAUGACCUUAAUUUUGCAAGUAGGCCACCACUUGAAGCUGCAAAGCAUAUCUCUUGGGGACAAAGGAAUUUGUCCUUUGGCGAGUAUGGCUCUUAUUGGCGAACCAUGCGUAAGAUGUGCACCCUUGAAUUGCUUAGCGCCCACAAGAUUAAAUCUUUCAAGUCCAUGAGGAAAGAAGAGCUUGACAUCUUGAUUAACUUUAUUCAAGAGGCUGCUCAUGAUCGUGUUACUGUCAAUCUCAGUGCCAAGGUUUCGUCUCUCAGCGCAGACAUUAGUUGCCUGAUGGUGUUUGGGAAGAAGUACAAGGACAAAGACUUGGAUGAGAAGGGUUUCAAGGCAGUGGUCCAAGAGGGCAUGCAUUUGGCUGCCACCCCUAACUUUGGUGAUUACAUCCCUUUUCUUGCUCCACUUGACCUCCAGGGGUUAACUAAGCGCAUGAAGGUUGUUCACAAGGUGUUUGAUGACUUUUUUGAGAGGAUCAUCGACGAGCAUCUUCAGUCUACCAGCGAAGAAAGACCUAAGGACUUUGUUGAUGUCAUGUUGGGCUUCAUGGGAUCAGUAGAGUCUGAGUACCGAAUUGAACGUUCCAACAUCAAAGCUAUAAUGUUGGACAUGCUCUCAGGUUCGAUGGACACUACAGCAACAUCGACUGAGUGGACACUCUCCGAACUCCUCAAGCAUCCACAGGUAAUGAAGAAAGUCCAGAAGGAGAUAGAAAAUGUUGUCGGCAUGGAGAGAAUGGUGGAAGAAUCAGACUUGGAGAAGUUGCAGUACUUGGACAUGGUAGUGAAGGAAACCAUGAGGCUUCAUCCAGUCGCACCAUUGCUGCUUCCCCAUGCAGCCAUUGAGGACUGCAACGUUAAUGGCUUCCACAUACCUGGAAAAUCCCGUAUCAUGAUCAAUAUAUGGGCAAUUGGCAGGAACCCGAGUGUGUGGACUGAUGCAGACAAGUUCAUACCGGAAAGGUUUGAUGGCAGCAAUAUAGAUUUCCGCGGACGUGACUUCCAAUUUAUUCCGUUUGGCUCUGGUCGAAGGGGUUGCCCUGGAAUGCAGUUAGGCAUCACGAUGGUACAGCUAUUGGUGGCACAACUUGUGCAUUGUUUUGAUUGGGAACUUCCAAAUAAUAUGUUGCCAACUGAGUUGGACAUGACGGAGGAGUUCGGUCUAACGGUUCCAAGGGCUAAUCAUCUCUUAGCUCUUCCUACUUAUCGCCUUCAUCAACGUCAGCAAUAA